AUUAUUUACAGCACUGCAAAGCUUCAGACUGCCCCUGAAUGACGACAUUUCCUAAAAUGUCAGACUGUGCAAGUACAGCUACUUACGCCAUCGUGACGAGUAAAUUUGCAGUUUUUCAAAAAUUCUCAUUCUUGAAUGUUUUUUGUUGCUGUCAAACUUCAGCUCCCAUUUAGCAGUGAUGCAGUGAAAAUGAUCGGAGUGAAGAUUUACUUUGCAAGUCAAUUUACGAUAACGGAGCUUUCAAAGGAGGUGUUCCGGCUAAAGGAGGCGCUUGGAUCUCUGUCGCCUCCUCUCGGAAUCACGUCCACACAUCAGGGGAACCCGGGACAGCAAAUGGCGCUACAGAACAGGGUUGCUGUACUUAGCCAACAGCUCCAGGAUUGGGAAAGAAAGCACAAACAAGUAGUAGCUGUUUAUCGUUCUCAUUUACUGGCGGCUGUGCAGGGUCGUAUGGACGAAGAGGUCCAACGUCUUCUCCUGCAGAUCCUCAGAAUGAGCCAACAGGGUCAAUGACGUCCACGUCGCCCAUCGUUGGAGCUCGUCGGGUCAAGCAUACAACUUUGCUAGUGACAGAUGGCGAGCUAAAAUAUCGCACACCAUGUAAAGCACACCUGAGGGCUAUAAGUAACCGAGGGGGAUGACACUAGCAAUGCUGGGGCAUCAUUCAAACUUAUUCUGUGUUCUUCCUAAUUACCCCAUGGGGAUAAAUAACGUUUUCUGAAUCUGAAUCUUUUGACAAAUGAAUCACAUGCUCAAAAAGAAGCGUGUGUAUUCUGGGAAAAAUUCUUGUCCCAUAAUUGACCUCCCAAAACUAGCUCCGCUUCACAUCAUUAGAGUCAAGACACAUCACAAAGUCGCAAGAACCCAUGCCUUACAUGUAACACUAAGUCGACCAUUUUGAUUUGAGGCAGCCAUUUUGGGUGAAUUGUGGGUUUCAUACUUUGACAAUGCAAAUACUUCAUUUGAUCCAAAAAACAUUUUGUUCAUCAAUGCCAGUGAUAAAGUGACAGGCAGAACAAUGAGAUGCUCUUCCACGAAAAAGCGGAAGGUACAUUAUUGUACUUGCGUCUCCCCCAUUUUUUUCACAUUUAUGUCAAAAGUCUAAGUUAUUUUCAAGAUUCACCAUGAAAAGGAGCAUUUGCAGCUUUAUUUGCCUUUGUGCGUCUUGCCGGAAAAGCGGCCAAUAUUUUACAAGCAAUACGCGUUCCGCUUGAAGAAGGUUUGCUCCUAUAGACAAGAAUCGUAUUUGCUUCAGCCCACAUCGGAGCUGUAAAACUGUAUCACGAUACAAGUGUGCUGUGCCUUUUGGUAAAAGCCAGUGUGUGAUUGUUCAUUUUAGAAGAUACAAUUUUGGGAUUGACCUCCCUUUUUUUUACUGCAUAUUUUCCCUUUUUGGUCCAAAAUAAAUCUGUAAAAAGU